AUGGCGGACUACCAGCAUGUGAUUCCUGUUCAUGCUGAUGUUGCCCGGAGGAAGAAGCGUAACUGGUCAGAGCUGGAAGAACCGCAUUUUGAUAAGGGUGGUUUCAUGGAUCCGGAUCAUGAGGAAGUUAUGAUUAUAGUGCCUCCAAUUUUUGCUCCAAAAGAUGUGCCAGAAAAUUUAGUCUUGAGACCAGCUGCUGUGCCAAGUUCAAAAAAGAAACAAGAGGAAGUUGUACAAGACCAUUUUGAGAUAGACACGGAGAUGGAGCCAAUUCCUAAAAAGGUGAAUUGGGAGGAAUACAUACCACAAGGCUCAGAUCAGUGGGAGUCACAGAUGGUUGUAUCUAGAAUGUUUGAUGAGCGACCUAUAUGGUCCAAAAAUUCGCUUAUUGAACGCCUGCUCAAUAAGGGCUUAAGCUUUUCGCAUGGCAUGCUCCGAAGGUGA